UUGUCAGAAUUUACUUUUCCUAUCAGGUUUAGAACGUAUGCAGCAAAUUAUGAGAAUAAAUGUGGCAGAAUAGGAUAAUUAGGUUUAGGGUUAGCUAAAAUGUGAAAACCCAUUUUGGAUACAGCUACGACUGGAAAUGACUUUUCGGAGCAGGUUAGGGAAGUAUUUUCGCUAACUUCAACCUAAUUCGCAUAGCAUGCUACAUUACUUAUCCUAACCUGCUGUGUAAAUGCUCAUAACCUACUGGGUUAAAGUCACUUCCGGAAGUGCCAUGAUUUUUUAAAGGAAUCUCAAUGCUGUACACAUACAGCUACAUACAUAAAUUACUUUUUCGUAGCAGGUUAGGAGAACUUCCGUAUCAUGUUUGGAUAAUUCGCGUAGCCGGUUGGGAUAAUUAGGUUCGCGAAAAUGCUCUUCUAACCUGCUACAAAAUGUCCCUUCCGGUCGUAGCGAUAGAAAAAAGUGGGUCAUGUCUAGAAUGGAUCCAGCUUUUGUCAAAUUUACUUCAAACGUAUUUUUGUUGUUGUUGUUGUUGCAUUUUACCUAAUCUUAACCUGCCACAAUUAUUAUCAUAACCUGCUACGUAUGUUCUCCUAAGUGAAUGAACGUAGCAGUUUAGGAACAUUAGGUUAGGGAAAGGGUUAGCUAAAAUUCUAUCAUAACCUGCUACAAAAAGUAACUUCCGUCCAUAGCUGCAUUCUAUCUAGUAACAACUGCAAACUCCGCUUUCGUUGCUGUACGAUGGUGAAACGAGCACACCUGAGUAACGUGUACAUUUUUGUUUCCCUAUCACGCGAAUGAGGAGGGGAUUAAUUCGGAUGACACAUGAAAAUGUAACAACAAACGGGGAAAAAAAUAUAUUCUGGACCAUGCUAGCAAAGAUACUGUUCUGUGACGCGAAUACAUGCUAAUAGUAGCUAGCAUGAUGAGACCAAAGAGAACCUGUUGUGUCGGUGUAUGUCGUGCUUGUGGGGAAAACAUUUCCAAUAGAAUAUACGUGCACAAUCUCUUCAGUCAGUUCGAAGGUCAAUGUUUGAAACCAUUUGACUACACCACAGCAUUGGAGGACCUCACUGGACCAAUUUCUCAGGACGAUGCCUUACCACAGAUCAUUUGCGAAACGUGUCGUAAACUUCUCAAAAGGUACUACAAAAGCUUUUGCGAUGUGGAGAAAAUUGGCAGUAUAUUUCGAGAAAGUGCUCAGAAGCAGAGGGAGAGUCACUCUCUUGCAUGGCGAACUCGGGACGCCCAACAAGGUGAGAUUAGUAUCACCCCCUUUCCCCACGAGAGAAUGACAGACGCGUGUAAGGUUACCCCGCGAGAUUUGACCGUAACGUUAGUAGUUGUGCCAAAGAGCGAGAACACAGGCGAAGAAGCCACGCCACAUCCCAACAACGAUAACAUCAAACCUGAGCCUGCAGAAAUCUCAGUAUACCUGGAAGAAGAUAUGGAGCAGGAUCCACAGUCUGGCGAUGAUGCUGCUUCUUCGAAGCUAAGCCAGGUGAGUGUGCCAACUAAAUACAUCCUUACUGGACCCAUGGAGAAACUUGUGGAUAACAUGUUGAAUGGACAAUUCUUCAGCGCAGCAAAGGCAAUAAUGGAAAUUCCUGAUUUGGCUUCCCUUGUCACUAAAGAGGUUUUGAACCAAGUCGUCAAAGAAUGCAAAGAGCUCACUAGCGUUCCAUUCAACUCCAUACUUAGACAGACCAGUCCAUCCUCUCUGGAAGCCUUCAGAUGGGACACUGUUUUUACUGAAUGGAAGACAACCGCACCCACGUUCCUUAGGUUUCUGGAGUCCGCAAGCACAUCUACAUGGGUUUCUGCCCUGACCAAAGAACGUACACAGAGAAAGAACUUCGCCAUAGGCAUGGCUGGAGCCACUCUUCUCAAGGUACGUUGCGGCAGGAUGAGUGCACCCAUGUAUCGGAACUCGCUUAUCAUGCACCAGGCUCAGAAGAAAAAGUGCUUCAAUAGGUUUGCCAGACUUGGUGUCUGUGUUACAAAGCAAAGCAUGCUUCAUCUGUUGAGAAGAGUGAGGGCAUCGGAAGAAGUAACCAGGACUCCCUCUGCAGGUGAAGACCACAACUACGACUCAGUAGCGCCAAGAAGAUCCACAGAAAAUACUGACAGACAGGAGGACCCAGAGCCCACAGCGACUGAGAAGCAGCAGGAACCAAGGACCAGUCUGAGGGAAGAGCAGCUUCCAGACUCUGGAACCACAGAGUCUACAACAGUCACAUGCACUCCUCUCUUUCGGAGCAAAAACCAUGGUCAGGGCCCAUCCAAAUCCCAGGCCAAGCCCAAACCUCUGCCCAAACCCCAGCCUCAGCCCCAACAUCAGGCCCAGCAUCAGGCCCAGCCUCAGCCCCAACAUCAGGCCCAGCCUCAGCCCCAACAUCAGGCCCAGCCUCAGCCCCAACAUCAGGCCCAGCCUCAGCCCCAACAUCAGGCUCAGCCCCAGCAUCAGGCCCAGCCUCAGCCCCAACAUCAGGCCCAGCCUCAGCCCCAACAUCAGGCUCAGCCCCAGCAUCAGGCCCAGCCUCAGCCCCAGCAUCAGGCCCAGCCUCAGCCCCAACAUCAGGCCCAGCCUCAGCCCCAACAUCAGGCUCAGCCCCAGCAUCAGGCCCAGCCUCAGCCCCAGCCCCAACAUCAGGCCCAGCCCAAGCCUCAGCCCAAACCCCAGCCCUUCCCCACAACCUUUCUCCUGGCCCAACCCUUCCAAACAGCACAGAACAAAACUGUUAUGUUGUCUAAACAGAAUGCCCCCCUGAUGAUAUUUACACUUCCCUAUGUGCAAAGCCCUGCAGCUCAAAGUGAGGAAGUCAAAGGUGUGGAAAGCACUACGUUGCACAACUACAACGUUCCUUGUUCUUGCCAGGUGUGUGGGCAAUCAUUUGACUUCACACGUCAUUUGAUAAGACAUGUUCAGAUGCACUUAGCGGAGCAAAACCGUUUGUGUGGUUUGUGUGGGAAGGUCCUUGGGCCUGCAGAGAACAUGGCGGUUCACCUGCAAACUCACAGUCUAAUGAAAACUUUUUGUCAUAUUUGUGGCAAAUGUUUCCCUAAGAAUUCUGAGCUGAAAUAUCAUAUAAGUAUUUAUCACUAUGUGGAGAAGCCACAUCUGUGCGAAGUCUGUGGCAAAACCUUCAGACAUGGCAAGGCCCUUAAAGAGCAUCACACGUCCUUUCACAUAGAGGGACGAGAUAAGCCAUAUAAAUGCCAUUUGUGCAGAAAAGGCUUCUCAGGAGAAAGACAAGUUAAACUCCACCAGUUAACUCACACUGGAGAGAAACCGUUUCAGUGUGAAGAUUGUGGCAUGUGCUUCAGGGAGAAGAACACUCUUAAAGGGCACAUGAGGACUCACACAGGAGAGAAACCGUAUAAGUGCAGAGAGUGUGGAAAAUGCUUUAGAUUGUUAGGUGCUUUAAAAUGUCACCUACUAACUCACACUGGAGAGAAACCGUAUCGCUGCAACGUCUGUGGCAGAUGCUUCAGUCAGUCCUCAUCCCGCAAGACUCACAUGAAAACUCACAAAAUGGCUCACGCAGUAGAGAGUGCAGAGAGACCAGAGAGUGCAGAGAGACCAGAGAGUGCAGAGAGACCACAGAGUCCACAGAGUGCAGAAAAGGCUUUGUCGGAGUAGGAUCUCUAAAAUGCUGGUCCAAUGGAGAGACACCAUAGCUUAGAUCCCCCUCACAACACAUAUGAACAUUUACUAAAGGGAGAACCCACAACCUGCCUUAGAAGUUGUAAAAGUGGCCUGUUCUGACACCUUUUAGAAGACAAAGACAUGCCUCUAAAGUCACUUCUCUUGUUUAAAUACAUUGUGAAUUAGCAGUUUGAAAACAUCGCUAAUGGACUUAGACUGACUCUCCAACAUUCCACAGUACAUGUCAUUUUCACAAACAGGAGUCGACAGCAUGUGGUCAACUUGUCUGUCCCAAAUUGUUAUGAGACUGCUGACUGGUCCCUAAAAUGUGUUAGUCUCACAGUUACAGAUUGAUUCAUUUCUUUAUGUUUUGGUUCAAAAGUAUUGUGUAUUGUAGCUGACAGAGGAUAACACAAUAAAAUAUUUUGUACUGUUUUUCAACCACAGAAGGGACACACUUCUCAUCAUAAUUAGAAUGCAUAUUCACUGAAUAGGUUUAGCUCCUCUUCCAUGUAGUCUUACUGUUGGUUAAACCUUAAGAUGCAUGAGAACUGAAUGUUUUUUUACUAAACAUACUAAACUCA